CUCUGCUUGUCAAAAGGCGGCAGCCGAGCCGGAGCGCCGGGAGCGCGGAGCUGCCAGUCCACCCGCCGGCGGACCAGAAGCUUUUUGGUCUGCAGUGUCUGUGAGCGCUCACAGAAGAGCACCUUGCACUCCGCUUACCUGCCCCUGCUCCUUCAGGGAUGGAGGCGAUGGCGGCCAGCAUGUCCCUGCCUGACCCUGGUGACUUUGACCGGAAUGUUCCCCGGAUUUGCGGGGUGUGUGGAGACCGAGCCACAGGCUUUCACUUCAAUGCUAUGACCUGUGAAGGCUGCAAAGGCUUCUUCAGGCGAAGCAUGAAGCGGAAGGCGCUGUUCACCUGUCCCUUCAACGGGGACUGCCGCAUCACCAAGGACAACCGGCGCCACUGCCAGGCCUGCCGGCUCAAGCGCUGCGUAGACAUCGGCAUGAUGAAGGAGUUCAUCCUGACGGAUGAGGAGGUGCAGCGGAAGCGCGAGAUGAUCCUGAAGCGGAAGGAGGAGGAGGCCUUGAAGGAUAGUCUGCGGCCCAAGCUGUCCGAGGAGCAGCAGCGCAUCAUCACCAUCCUGCUGGACGCCCACCACAAGACCUACGACCCCACCUAUGCCGACUUCAGCCAGUUCCGGCCUCCAGUUCGCGAAGGCGAGGGUGGAGGGAGCCUUCCUUCCAGGCCCAACUCGAGACACACCGCCAGCUUCUCCGGGGACUCCUCUUCCUCCUGCUCAGAUCACUACAUCACCUCUCCAGACAUGAUGGAGCCGUCCAGCUUCUCCAACCUGGAUCUGAACGAAGAGGACUCAGAUGACCCUUCUGUGACCCUGGACCUGUCCCAGCUCUCCAUGCUGCCCCACCUGGCUGACCUGGUCAGUUACAGCAUCCAAAAGGUCAUCGGCUUUGCCAAGAUGAUCCCAGGAUUCAGAGACCUCACCUCUGAGGACCAGAUCGUGCUGCUGAAGUCAAGCGCCAUCGAAGUCAUCAUGUUGCGUUCUAAUCAGUCCUUCACCAUGGACGACAUGUCCUGGACCUGUGGCAGCCACGACUACAAGUACGAUGUCCGUGAUGUGGCCAAAGCUGGACACAGCCUGGAGCUGAUUGAGCCCCUCAUCAAGUUCCAGGUGGGGCUGAAGAAGCUGAACUUGCAUGAGGAGGAGCAUGUCCUGCUCAUGGCCAUCUGCAUUGUCUCCCCAGACCGGCCUGGGGUACAGGAUGCCGCGCUGGUCGAGGCCAUCCAGGACCGCCUGUCCAACACGCUGCAGACCUAUAUCCGCUGCCGCCACCCACCCCCGGGCAGCCACCUGCUCUAUGCCAAGAUGAUCCAGAAGCUGGCUGACCUGCGCAGCCUCAACGAGGAGCACUCCAAGCAGUACCGCUGCCUCUCCUUCCAGCCCGAGUGCAGCAUGAAGCUCACGCCUCUCGUGCUGGAGGUGUUUGGCAAUGAGAUCUCCUGACUAGGGCAGCCUGCGGUGGCGCCUGGGCAGGGCUGCUUCUCCCGGGCAGAUGUGCGCCCAGGCCCGGGGCUGGCUACUGCCCAGCGGCCCUCCCCACCCCCUCUCCCUCCGCCAGGAGAAGGUGGCCCCUGCUCCACCACCUCCCCUCUCCGCCCUGCCCAGCCUCUCUCCUGUCCCACCUAAGCCCAGGUCCCCCUUUCCUCAGGCCACGGGCUGCCCCCAGCCCCUCCAGACCUCAGUCAUAAGGACUUGCUGUUUAUUUGACAGAGAAACUCAAGUGGGGGCAGAGGGCAGAGGCUGAAGGCAGGACCUCGUCCAGGGACACCCCCACCUCUCCACAGGUGGCUGCUGGCUGGUGCUGAGGGAACAGGCAGACAGGAGAAGUGCACCCAAGCCUCAGGGACAGAGUACCUCCCCCACUCCAGGCCCACGUGUCCAGAGCCUGGUGGGGAUCUCCCUCCCCCUGCCCACCCACGACAAAUAACUGGCCCACGGCCCCACCCACCCCCAUCUCACCUGCUGCCAGACGGUGGCUGUUUGUCCCCAGGCAGCAUGCCCCGACAGGGUCUCCUUCCUCUGCCUCCCCACCUCUGGCCUGUCUAGGAUACUCACUGCCAAGGAUGACCAGAAACAAGGUGACUAAGGGCCUAACUCCUCCCUCCCCCACCUCUGCUGGCCAAAGGGCACUUGUCUAGCCCCUUGGUGCCCACCUUCGUCCCAUUGUCACAGACAUACUCUCUCGGGCAACAGGUCUGGGGAGGUGGGCUUUCUCCCCAGUGCUGGAGCCACGGGCACAGAACCCACCUGUUGGGAGGCCCAAGGAGGAAGAAUGCAGGGCCUGGGCGGUGGGGAACAGACAAAACCAGCCUCUCAGAAGAGUAGUGUGUGGCCACAGGCUGUCCCUGUCACCAAGCCCAUAGCUCCUCGGCCUGGGUCUAAGGGCUUGCUUGACAUGGGAGUGCUCCUUCCAGCAAUUCACGAUUCAUGUGGCAGACUGAAUUGCCCCCAGCUUGCAGAAACUCCCCAUCCGACUCUUCACUCCUCCCCCUGCCAGUGCCUUAGCUCCCACCUGGUAAGAGUGGAGAAUGAACCCUCCCCCUUGGAAGUCGCUGAUCUCCCAGCAGCUCAGUGUGGAGAAGCAGUGCCUCCCUCUCUGCUCACCAGUGGGGGCUGCAUCUUCUCUCCCGGGCAGGGUGGGGUGCAGGAGAAGACCUUUCCCAGUCCCAGCAGCUGAGCCUGCCCUUCCUGCUGCCUAGGUGUAGUUCUCUGCUCACUGCAGAGCCUGGAGCCUGCACUCCAGCACCCCACAGGGCAGGUGGAGGGAGAGUGGGGCAUCCUCUGGGGGCUCAUCAGAGAGAGCGUUGAGGGUUCAGGGGCAUGGGGUGUGGGGCUGGUUCCCUUCUUAUCCUCACUCUGCCACCCAAAAGUCAAAAGGGGCCUGUGAGGCAGGGGUGGGGGAAUAUAACUUCAGACUCCAUGUCUUCCUCUAUAGCCAGCCCAGCGGGGAGGUGGAAGUACUUGAUCCACUUCCUCCAGGGUGGUCUUUCUGCAUGAGAGUGGGUUGCAGGUGUGUGGGACCAGCCCAGAAGGGGGUUCUUCCAGGAGGGUCGUAGAAGGUUCUUCAGAUCAUUGCUUCAGUUUGGGGACAUGGCUGCAUUUGCUGUACCGCCAGGGAGGUAAUGUCAGUGGGAAUAUGAUCGCCAGACCCCUGGAAGAUGUGCUUCCUGCCUGCAUUUGCAGUUCCCUGAAAAUCCCAGGAGGAAUCAGACUUACCACUGCAAGGGCCAUCAGUGUCCACCUGGCCCUGUGUCUCUCAGAAUUUUUUAGGUGGGAAAAUCAUCUGAAAGCCACAUUCCUUAUUGUGGAAUAGCAUAUAUAUGGCUUAAUCUUAAAUUUAUUAGAUAUGUGUUGUUUUCAGAAUCGGACUCCAUUUGUACUAUAUUCUAAUAUAAAGGGUAGCAGGCACCACUGAUUCAGAGAUAUUUAUGGAGGAAAAACUUACAUUGUGAAAAUUCUGUACAUUAUUGUUGUUGUUAUUUUACAACGGUCUAGGGAGAGACCCUUGUUUGAUUUUCGCUGCAAAACACAUUUGUCCAGCUUGCUACUCAGUAAGAGAAAAAGCUUGAAAAUUGCUAAACUAGUUCAACCCCCUUGUUAAAGAAAACUAACACUUAGAGGAGGGCAUGACUUGCCUGAGCUCACAGGACUAGUUAGAAGUAGUGCCAGGACUGGGCCAGACUUUGAACUCAAGGUCCAGUGCUCCUUUCACUACACCACACUUGAGCUUAGACCCCCGUUCCCUUCCCUUGGUGGCUGACCCAGUCCCUUGGGGGAAGCCCUGAGUUUCAGACAGAGCAAGUCUAGAUCUGGGACCCCUUCCUUCCUUCCUUCCUUCCUUCCUUCCUUCCUUCCUUCCUUCCUUCCUUCCUUCCUUCCUCC